UGACGUUUGCGAGCCAAUCAAGAGUGUGGGUUUGAAAGCCUACGGCGUGAUCUUGCUGAGCGGGAGCGAGAGUCUCUCCCCGAAUAUGGAGGACGUAGUGGGCAAGUAUGUAUCUCAGAAAAUCAGCAAGACCCGCUGGCGGCCCGUAUCUGCCACUGCCUUGCAGCCUCCCGAGAUUUUCGCCACCGGCUCGUGGGAUAAUGAGGAAAAUAAGAUUUCCAUUUGGUCUGUUGGAGAUUUGGUCCCAAACGGUGAAUAUCAUGGAGAACCACAUUUGCUUUGUGAUAUCCAACAUAGUGGUGAUGUUAUGGAUAUGCAGUUUUUGGAUCAGGAGAGAAUUGUUGCUGCUUCAUCUACUGGGAGUGUGGCCAUUUUCCGGCAUCAUCAAAAUAAUCAGACUCUUUCCUUAAAUCAGAAAUGGGAACAAGCACAUUAUUAUGAUCACUCCUGGGGAAGUGCAUCAUGCACUGGGAUCAUUUGCAAUAGCCCUGAAAUUUUUAGUAUUGGAGAAGAUGGUAGAAUAAACAUGUUCACCACUGACCGUAAGGAAGCUGUACGUACUAUAGAUAAUGCUGAUAGCAGUACACUCCAAGCAGUGACUCAACUUCGUACAACAGAGAUUCUGACUGUCAAUUCCAUUGGUCAGCUAAAAAUAUGGGACUUCAGACAGCAAGGAAAUGAACCUUCACAAAUAUUUUCAUUGACAGGGGAAAGAGUACCACUACAUUGUGUCGAUAGGCAUCCCAAUCAACAACAUAUUGUUGCUACAGGUAGUCAAGAUGGAAUGUUGAGUAUUUGGGAUGUAAGACAAGGCAGCAUGCCAGUUUCCUUACUAAAUGCUCAUCAAGCAGAAUUAUGGGAAGUACACUUUCAUCCUUCCAAUCCUGAUCAUUUGUUCACUUGUUCAGAAGAUGGAUCUCUGUGGCAUUGGGAUGCUUCCUCUGAUGUGACUGACAGAAAAUCUUUUCUUCAUACAAGUGGAAGAAAUACUUCAUUUCUACCUCAUUCUACAGCUAAUCAGUCCAUAAUUAGUGCUUGGUUGAACAAUGAUCCUACUAAAGAUCGCAUUGAGAUUACAAAUUUAAGUUCAAAUUCAACUUUAUCAAUAAACAGUUUAGAUGUGUUAGGAUCAUUUCUUGUGUAUGGAACUGACACAGAAUCUAUUUAUGUUAAGAAGGAUCUCUUUGUAUAACCUUAGUUUUCCCAAAACAGUGCUGUUGUGUAAAUUUAGAAUUCUUUUUCUAACCAAUCUCUAGAAUCAUAGUUAAACUAGGGUCAUAAUUUAGAGUACAACUGAACAUAAUUCAUGUUACAGCUUAAGCUUUUUAACAAUACAUUUCUGUGGUUCAUCAUGUUUAUAUUAAAAAAUUUCCAUUUAUGCAUUGCUUAAUUACGUUGUCUUUAUUUUUUAAAUAUUAUUUCAACUCUUCUCCAAUACAGAUGAAUUAAUUGCAAGUACUGUAGUACUCAUACUAAGUAUGGUAUUACCAAACUAGGUUGUAGAAGGGAUUUUUGGGGUGACGCUUAAGACUACAUUUUUAUUUGAAAUAUUUCCCGUUGAUACUAGAAUAAACUUAAGCAACAAAAAAAC